AUGAAUAAGACAGUUGAUAACAUUUCAAUACCAGCUAUAUGCAAUAAUUGUCAGACAAGUUAUGGUUUGAGUUCAGCUGAUCGACGUUCUAUCAUUGUUAUGGUUGUUCUUACUGGUGUGGCAUUAAUAUUAUGUUAUGUAGGUGUACUAUUGUUUGCUAUUCGUACACGUUUUAUUCCCGAUAAAGAAUCACUCAUUAUGUCGGAAAAUAUACAUGAAAAUUCGGUAUUUAAUGCUGAUGAUGUACAAAAUGAGGAUAAAGAGGAGAAUCUACAGGGUGCGGUUAAUACAACAGCAAUAACGACAGCACCACAACCUGCUAUAAUUGUGUUGGAAAAUGAUAACGAGCGAUUUUGA